AUUUCUUCUCAGACGGAGGAGGUGACAAUACACGAAAAGUUAGGCUGUUUUUAAUGCUACACAAGAUUCCUCGCUGGCUUUUCCUGCGAGAGGCAGGCGCGCCCACCGCUGGGUAACGUUUCUGGCUGGAAUUCCGAGCCGAGGAAACCGAGGAGUGGCCCGUUUACUAUUCGUUGGACUCUAACCGGGAGUGCUGGACUCACGGUGGCUUUCAAUUUACAACCGAGACGGCCCAGGCCAACCUCUUUUCUCCCUCACCCCCUCCAUGGGGAUCAUAGAGUUGGCCCUUUCCGCUUUUCUCUCCCUCCCACGUGACCUUUCUUUGGCCGCCCGGGAAGCUUCGUGCGUCAUUUCCCCCUUUCUGUCACGGAAGGAAGCGAUUGUAAGGUGCUGCGUAAUGGGAACGUUUGCGCAUGCGUAGUGGCCUGUGUCUCCUCCGGAGAACUGUGUGCAGUAUUAUUUGAGCAUCCCGAAGAGCCGCCGCGAUGCCGGAUUAUCUGGGCGCAGAUCAGCGCAAAACGAAAGAGGAGGAGAAGGAAGAUAAGCCGAUCCGCGCUUUGGAUGAAGGUGACAUUGCCUUAUUGAAAACCUACGGCCAGAGCACAUACUCAAGGCAGAUCAAGCAAGUAGAAGAUGACAUUCAGCAGUUACUUAAAAAAAUCAAUGAACUCACAGGUAUUAAAGAGUCAGACACUGGUUUGGCUCCACCUGCCCUCUGGGAUCUGGCUGCAGAUAAACAAACGCUUCAAAGUGAGCAACCCCUACAGGUGGCAAGAUGCACAAAGAUAAUCAAUGCAGAUUCGGAAGAUCCCAAGUAUAUUAUCAAUGUUAAGCAGUUUGCCAAAUUUGUGGUGGACCUGAGUGACCAAGUGGCACCAACUGACAUUGAAGAAGGGAUGCGAGUCGGAGUUGAUAGGAACAAGUACCAGAUCCAUAUCCCUCUGCCUCCAAAGAUUGACCCAACUGUUACCAUGAUGCAGGUGGAGGAGAAACCUGAUGUCACUUACAGCGAUGUUGGAGGUUGCAAAGAGCAGAUUGAGAAGCUCAGAGAAGUGGUAGAAACACCCUUGCUUCAUCCGGAGCGCUUUGUCAAUCUUGGGAUAGAACCUCCCAAAGGAGUACUUCUCUUUGGUCCUCCUGGGACAGGGAAAACCCUCUGUGCUCGCGCUGUUGCUAACAGGACUGAUGCUUGCUUCAUCCGAGUAAUUGGAUCUGAGCUGGUGCAGAAAUAUGUGGGAGAGGGUGCUCGAAUGGUUCGGGAACUCUUUGAAAUGGCCAGGACAAAGAAAGCUUGCCUGAUCUUUUUUGAUGAAAUCGAUGCUAUUGGAGGAGCUCGCUUUGAUGAUGGAGCUGGAGGAGACAAUGAGGUCCAGCGUACUAUGUUGGAAUUGAUCAAUCAGCUUGAUGGUUUUGAUCCACGAGGCAAUAUUAAGGUCCUGAUGGCAACUAACAGACCUGAUACUCUGGACCCUGCAUUGAUGAGGCCUGGAAGACUGGAUAGGAAGAUUGAGUUUAGUCUACCAGAUCUGGAGGGAAGAACUCACAUUUUCAAAAUACAUGCCCGUUCAAUGAGUGUUGAGAGAGACAUACGAUUUGAAUUGCUGGCUCGACUUUGUCCUAACAGCACUGGUGCUGAAAUUCGAAGUGUGUGUACAGAGGCAGGUAUGUUUGCCAUUAGAGCAAGGCGAAAAAUUGCCACCGAAAAGGACUUCCUGGAAGCUGUGAAUAAAGUCAUCAAGUCCUAUGCAAAGUUCAGUGCGACUCCUCGAUACAUGACGUACAACUGAACCUGGACAUCACAGAGUCUCUUCACCUUACGAUAAACCUUGUGUUAAGUAGUAGCCAGAGUAAUAGUUUGUUUGUGUGAUAUACACUGGCUGGACAAGUUUAGAAAUAAAUGGAACAUUCCAACUUACAUUGUGA